AUGGGUGCCAAGAAGACCGCCAAGAGAUCCAAGGUCAAGCCCUUCGUCAAGGUCAUCAACUACAACCACUUGAUGCCCACCAGAUACACCUUGGACGUCGAAUCGUUCAAGCUGGCCGUCUCGACCGAAGCCCUUGAGGAAACCGAAUCGCGCAAGGAAGCCAAGAAGGCCGUCAAGAAGGCUCUCGAAGAAAAGCACCAAGCCGGUAAGAACAAGUGGUUCUUCCAAAAGCUCCGCGGACCACUGAACCGGUGA